GUCGGCUUCGACUUCGUUCGCAACCGAUGUGGACAGGGCCGUCGAAGAAUGGUGGUGAAGGCUUUGAAGAAUGGUAGUGAAGGGUUUGAACCUGGUUUCAUCAGAGACGAGGACCUGAGUAGUUCUGGGUCCAUGUUUCCAGAUCUUUGAACCACAUCCACGAUCAAGAGACUUUUUCAUGGGCCAUGGUGUGAAAGACUUUUACCCGAAUGGGACAUGUGACGUGUGGGAGUCGAAGCAAUUGUUUGAUGGGCAGGGUGGACCUGAGUUCUUGGCAAUGGAAAAUGGUUUUUGCAAACCCAAGUACCCUGAACCGCUAAACAAAACAUUCAAUCAUAUCGUGAGCUUUGUGGUUCAUAGCACGCAAACAGCAUAAGUUCGGGCUGUGGCCCUACCAUGCCGUUUGCCAAGAAGGACCUUCCAAAGUUGGUGGGUGAUGAGACUCAGCAUCACUCACGCAAAGUCGCUCGGGACGCAGCAACCAAGCAUGGCGGCCUGGUCACCCCAAAUGAGCGUGCUCAGUUUGGAGGUAAGGAGAACAAGAAGAAGGAUAAAUAUGGUGCCGGCCGUUCCUUGCGCCACGAUGGUGAUGGUGGCACACGCAGCGUGAAGAGACCUGCAUGGUUGGAGGGAGAUGUCGCUGUGAAGGAGUUGGACCUUCACAGGUUCGACAGUGCCUCGGAUGCGUUCAAGGAAAUUGGGAGCAGAAUCAACAAGUUGGGCGAGGAGACGGCGCUGGAGAUUGUUUGUGGUGCCGGAACUCAUACAGAGGUUAACAAGCAUGGACGCAAUGUGAAGGAGACUGGCGAUUGGAAGAAUAAAGCCCAACCGCUUUUCUUUCAAGUUAAAGAGAUGGUCAAGAAGAGUAGCGCCUUGAAAUGUUGGAUUCCGGCUGAACACAAACAAUCCUCUAUUUACGUUCGGCUUGCUUCAGCCAGUGCAGCGGAUCUGUUGAAAGAGGAGCUCGCGAAGCUGACGUUGCAGGAGGAGAAGCGCGAGCGACAGAUUCCAUUUGAGAGCGAGGAGGAGACUGGCGACGAGGAUGAGGUUCAGUAUGACUCUUUCGGCAACACCAUUUCGCCAUGAGGGAACCACACGUGCUGUGCGCGGAGUGAAUCCUUGUGAUUGGUCCUAAGUGAGCGGCGUAGCUGACUACUCGAAGUGUUAGCCCUCAGAGGGGAAGCUGAUACUCUGUAGUUUGCUUGGCAGCUUGCCAACUGCGUAUGGCCCACAGUGAAUCACAAGCGUUCACUUCAAUCCAUUGUUUUAUUUUUGAAGACAGAA